AUUCUUGAGAUGCCGUAUAAAGGAAAUGACCUCAGCAUGCUCAUAUUCCUGCCUAAUGACAUAGAAGAUGAUACCACAGGCUUGGAAAAGCUGGAGAAGGAGCUGACCUAUCAGAACUUUGUGGACUGGACUCGCCCAGACAUGAUGAGCCCCAACGAGGUUGAUGUCAAGCUCCCUCGAUUUAAGAUGGAGGAGAAGUAUGACUUGGAGAAAAUCCUGACCAACAUGGGAAUGGAGAACGCUUUUGACAUCUACAAGAGAGACUUCUCUGGAAUGUCUCCAGCAAAUGACCUGAUAGUGUCCAAAGUUGUCCACAAGGCUUUGGUGGAUGUAAAUGAAGAAGGAGCUGAGGCUGCUGCUGCCACUGGGGUUGACAUGGAAGUCCGCUCUAUAACGAUUCCCGCUGAGUUUGUUGCCGACCAUCCCUUCAUCUUCUUCAUCCGACAUAAACCCACCAAGAGCAUUCUCUUUGUGGGCCGGUACUGCUCACCCGAGUAAACACGAGCUGACAUGACAUGAAUUAAACAUAAAACAUUAUAUACAGUAUAAGAUUUUGUAAGGUAAACCUAGUUCAUACAAAUGAAGUAAAGAAAAGUUAUUAAA